AUGAGAGACAUCAAGAGUUUUAGAAUCAGUUGUUUUCUGGAAGAAGCUGGAAACAUCUGCGGGAUGUUGCGUUCUUUUCAUAAAAUUCGAAGAUGUCAUCUUCUGAGAAAUUUUGGUGUUCAGCAUCUUCUAAACGAGCAGCAUAAUAAUAAACCACUAUUAUCAGAGAGUGGAUGCAGUUAUAAAGAGAUUAAUCAUAAUACAUCACCAUCAUCUUCAUCAUCUUCUCAAGGAGAUAAGAGGAGUUAUAAUUAUAAAAACAAAAACUAUUAUAAAAAGUUUAAUUUGAAUGUUGAUCAUUGGUUUCAUAACUGUCAGCUCAACUUUUUAGAGGCUGUCGGAUUGGGAACGGCCAUAAUAGCAGGAUUGAGGCUGUCGUGUGAGGUUGAUGAAUUGAAAAAAAAGUGUUACAAGAAAAAAGAUGUUCAAUGUACUAAUUUCUGUCCAGUCAGUCAUUUGAAGAAUGUUACAUCGUUAUUUCUAAACAACUGGAAUGAUAUUUAUCCAAGCCCACUUGGAAAUUUGUACAACCAACUCUUUAAUGACUCCUGCAAUAUUAUAGCAAGUAAUUUGGCUCGUAGAGGAUUUUACAAGAAGGCGACGAUGAUCUGGACUGAGGUGCUGGCCAGGGAUCCACUGCACUUGAAGGCACUUUAUAAUCUGGCUGUCUGUCAUGAACGGGGUCUCGGACUCCAGUGCCAUCUUCAAAAAGCAAUAGAGUUAUAUAGAGUUGCAGCUGAGCAUGGGCAUAUUGCAUCUUGCCACAAGCUUGCACAACUUUACAAAACCAUCAAGCAGCCAGUUGCAAAUGAUGAAGAUGAUAACGAUGAGGCAAAGCUCCACAAAAAGGAAAAAUAUCUUUACUACCCUACUAAGGCAUCCAAACCUGGCAGUUUAGAGGCCAGCAGGGUGAUAGACAUUUUAAAAUUCAAGAGUGACAAUUUAAUUGGUGCAUUGCAAUCUGUUGCAAUUAACAACAAUGAAUGUGUGGAAACGAAUCACUGUUUGAAGCUCUGCAAACAACUUGCUGACGAUGCUGAUGAUUCGGAUGGUGCGUUCAAAUGCGAUGAAGAAAUGUCAGCAAUAAAAUUGACGUCUAACUCGCAGAUAGUUACAAAAUCAAAGCAAUCAUCGCUUUCAUCGCCACAAUCAUCACCAUCGCCAUUCUCACCAACAUCGUUUGAUUGUCCAUAUUCGUCUCAUUUGGUAAAAUCAUCGCCAACGUCAUUAUCAUUUUUACCACCGUUGUCGAUAAAGUUUAAUCUAAGCAAUGGUUAUAAUGGUUACAUGAUCAAAGAUGAGCAAAAUUAUGAACUUCCAGCUCUGACGUGA